AUGCCUACAGAGAAGGAGGGGAUCUCUAAAGAAGAGAGAGUUGUAGAAGAAGUGGUGGAAGAAGAAGAAGCAGUGGAAGAGGUGCCACCUCCUAAGGCGAGUACCGUGAUACCUGCACCCCCUGCUGAGAUCAAGAUCCCUUUUCCACAGCGCGUGCAGAAGAAGAAACUAGAUGAUCACUUCUCUAGGUUUCUUGACAUAUUCAGAAAGGUGCACAUCAACAUUCCGUUGGUAGAGGCGUUACAGCAAAUGCCUAGCUAUGCAAAAUUUUUGAAGGAAGUGAUCUCCAAGAAGCGGAGGUGGGUGGAGCACGAGACCGUCAACCUGACAGAGAGCUGCAGUGCUAUUAUCCAGAAGAAAUUGCCCGCUAAGAUGAAAGACCCUGGAAGCUUCACUAUAUCAUGCAUCGUGGGGGAUAGCCAAGUGGGCAAGGCUCUAUGUGAUUUGGGAGCGAGCAUUAACCUUAUGCCUUUCUCAUUCUUUCAGAAGUUGAAGAUUGGGACACUGAGGCCCACUACCAUCACACUCCAGAUGGCCGACCGAUCUGUGUCGUAUCCUAGGGGGAUUGUUGAAGAUAUACUAGUCAAAGUCAAUAAUUUCAUAUUCCCCGUGGAUUUUGUGGUGCUUGAUAUGGAGGAAGACCGGCAUGUCCCUCUCAUCCUGGGAAGACCUUUCCUCGCUACAGGGAAGGCAAUGAUUGAUGUGCAGAAGGGAGAGCUCACACUCCGACUUAAUGAUGAAAGCGCCACAUUCUCUAUCUACAAUGCGAUGCAAAGACAUGAUGACGAGGAUGCAAAGAGAGUGGAGCACUGCAACAUGGUUGAAGUGGUCGAUGACUGUGUGAGAGGGAUGGCCCGAACCAUCUCUCCACAAGACCAAUUGGAGCGAUGCCUAUCGCAAUCUAUCUUUUCUCCUUAUUAUACUGAUGUUAUUGAGCCUAAUGAUGAAUUAUUGAAUUUUGUAGGAGCUCUUAACUCGGCUGAGGAAGUCCCAAGGUUUCAACAGAAAUUUCAGCCAUUAAGGGACCCAAAUGAGGAGGAGAAGAAAUAG